ACCAGGGAGGUGGAGGAAGAGAGCAUCGAGGGGGAGGGGUGUUGAGAGGAGGAGGAGAGCGUAACGCGAGGAUGGAUAGUACCACCGGGGUCUGCUGAGAGCCAUGUUGGAUAUGAAUGAAAGGGAGAGUUGCUGCACCCCUGACGCCGACAGACCGAGUUCUACCGAACACAGCGAGUAAAUGCCAACUUCCCGGGCCCACGGAGAGACGGGGGAGCGCGGGGGAAGGUGUCGGGCGGUGCCGCUGGAGCUGGCUACCUAGCCGGCGACGGAAGAGAGAGAGACGCACUCGAAGAGAGCGAGAGAGAGGGAGAGAGAAAGAGAGAGGGGUGAGAGGGAGAAAGGGGGAGAGGAGAAAGGAUCUUACCAGACUAAUGGCUGCACUGCUACUGGGUUCCAGCCUGCUCUCACCACUUCUUCUCCACCUGCUCCUCAGCCCUUUGUUCGCGGUUAACCCGGGGAAGUUAGUAGGGACCUGUCGUUGGAGCCCGGGACCCUGCCCUGAGACACCGAGCCAUCCAAGGGAAGCUGGGGUCUUGGCGAGCAGCAGUGGUUCGGUGAUCUGCCCCAGGUGGACGUUACAACGUCUCCCAUCGGAACGGCUCACAUCGGAACCUGCAUUCCCGGUGUGGAGUCCUUUUAUAUGGCAAGGGGCGCACGGAGACCCUUUUGAACCGUUGUGCACCGAAGAGGGAGGUGCGAGAGGGCCGUGGAAUGGAGUCAGGCACCCCCAUCCUGCAGGUAGGAGCAGGAGCAGCGGUGGGGAGAGGGGCGUUGUUUCACCUGUUUUCUCUUCGCGGGUUCAAAAGGCCAAAAAGCGGUAUAUACAAAGUACUAGAGUUUGCGCGUGGUCACCACCCUGUCUGACGCCGGCCAAACCCGACACAGGGAGAGUCUUUGUGCGCGGCCAACACCAGGGACCUGAGAGCGAGUCGUCGGGGAUUACUAGAGACGUUCGAGGGGCUUCUCACAGGUGUACAAGGACCCUUCACCGGCCACUUCCCCCAACACAGCAAAUAUCUACAGCUAAGCAACCACCUGGACAGCUGCCAUGGGGCCCUCCACGCUCUCAUUUGGGCAAUAAUGCUUUGGACGCCGGCGAGGUGGCCACCGGUGCUUGUUCUCAUUUAAGUAGUCACAAUGUUAUCGAUCUCACCAGUGAUGGUUGUAAUCGUUCGUUUACUAAAGCCAUUGGGAGAACGGGGAGGAGCGUGGCGCAUGGGCCCUGCCCAUGCUAUCUCACCUCAGCCACCGCAGGCAGCGCAGCCAGAUGUUACCAGUCACCCGGGAUUACUGAUGGGGCCAUGGCCCUCACAGGUUAUUUCAGGCAUACCCGCUCCAGUCCUGGGCAUGCCAUGGUUCUGGGCAGGAGGAGGGAGGGAGAGAAGGCACAAGGCAACAAACACGUGAACAAAAAUGAUCUGGAUAAUGAUUUGGCCUCUGUUUAUAUAACAACUAAGCUUAAGGAGCCGGCUGCUCCUCCACAGAGAAUAUCAGUGUUGGCAGGCCGAGAACAGAGCGCUCAACCCCGGGUAGAGAGUAAGGGGUUACCCUGGGGGUCUCUCCCCGGAACGAGGUGUUGUGGUUUGCAGCGGAUGGAUAUGGGGGGAGGACUUUCAGCCAACGUUAUAGGUCCCAGGGGAAGCAUAGAAGUGAGUAAUCUCGACAUUCAAUUUCCCCCCACCACAAAUAUCACUGAUAGUCUAUGUUUGCCAUCUAACGGAACCGGUAAUGAAAACAGAAAUUCUACUAGCUCAUUUUCCUUAUUCCAUGACGACAUACAGGCAGCAGAAUCGGCUGCUCAAGCCAAUGUUCCUUAUCCUCAGUCUGAGCCAGCUCACAAUGAGUCAGCUAUCGUCACGCCUAUAUUGUCUUCCAUCACCGCUCUCACAAUAUCAGCCUCGGUACACGCUGGUGCAAUUAAGUCUGGUGUUACUCACAGGGAUAUCGUUAUCACAAACCCCUUUCCAUUCUCCAUGCGGCUCAAUCUAAAUAAACGGGAUAGUGACUCAGACUCACAUUCCCAGCCACGGACAAGCCUCCUCUACAGACCCCCUCCCCUUCAAAUAGGUUCAGCACCACAGGCACAAUGGACAGCACCCAUGAAAACCUCUACCCAGCUUUCUCCAAGUAAACAUGCAUAUUCGGCUCACCACUUUCAGCCAUUGUUUUGGGAGAAUGUUCACAACGUCAAUAAUAAUAACAAUAUCAGAAAUUACAACCAGAACCACAACAACAACAACAACAACAACAACAACAAAGAGGAGAAUGUUCAGAUGAAUGAUGAAAGAAAUGGUGUCAAUAGUAGACAGGCGUCAGUGGAUCUGAGCGGACCAUGCUCACAGACACAGCUGGGCUUGGUCCCUGAAGAAUUGCUCGACACUGCGUGUGUUGACAGCAGCUCAGGCGACAGCUUAACUACUGUCCAGGGGGGCACUCGCCCGCAAUUAAAAUCAGGUAAACUGGUGCCAUUACAACAGGAAGGUGUCAGUCAGCCAGAAGGGCAUAUGGGGGGCGAAGUUGAUGAGGGGCCUGGGGGAAGCGAAUUACAGGCGGGGGAGGGAGAGAGACAGGCCAGAGAGGCAUGGAGGGAGGAAGUGGAGGAGUGGGAGUCAGAGGGAAUAAGAAAGGGAGCCACAGCCCAGACAGAUGCAACUGUAGAGGCAGCGGGAGAGAGAGAGAAGGGUCAGGAGAGGGCCAGCCUCACACAGACACAGAGUGGAGCAGGAGGAAAAGGGGAGGGGAAGAGAGUGUGGCAGGGGCCUGAAAGCACACAGGAAGACGAGGAGGAAAGGCACAGGUCAAGGGGAGAGAGAAGCUUUGGAAGGCAGACCGUGGAAGAUGAAGGUGAGGAGGACAGAGGGAAAGAGGUUUUGGUGGUGGGGCGCGCUCGCCGAGCUGCCAACAGACACCCUCACUUCUCCCAGUAUAACUUCCAGGUGCAGGUUCCAGAAAACCAGCCCCCAGGCUCCUCAGUCAUAGCCAUGUCAGCCACCGACCCAGACGCAGGUGAAGCAGGCAGGCUCAGCUACACCAUGGCCCCUCUCAUGAACAGCAGAUCCACUGACUACUUCCACAUCGACCCCGACACAGGCCUCAUCACCACCUCCCAGGUGCUGGACAGGGAGCACAUGGACCUGCACUACUUCCGGGUCACGGCGUCAGACCACGGCUCUCCACGCCUCUCUGGCACCACCAUGGUGGCAAUCACUGUGGCCGACCGCAAUGACCACUCGCCUAUCUUUGAGCACACAGAGUACCGGGAGACCAUCCGGGAGAACGUGGAGGAGGGCUAUCCCAUCCUGCAGCUCCGAGCCACUGACCUGGAUGCCCCGUCCAAUGCCAACAUCCGCUACCGCUUCAUAGGAGACACAGCUGCUGCGGCCCGGGCCGCAUUUGAGAUCGACCCCCGCUCAGGGCUGAUCACCACACGGGGCGUGGUCGACCGGGAGACCAACGAGCGCUACACCCUCCACGUGGAGGCCAGCGACCAGGGAAGGGAGCCCGGGCCGCGCUCGGCCAUCGUUAAGGUCUUCAUCACAGUGCUGGACGAGAACGACAACGUGCCCCAGUUCAGCGAGAAGCGCUAUGUGGUGGCGGUCAGGGAGGACAUCCGGCCCCACUCGGAGAUCCUGAGGGUGAGCGCUACGGACCAUGAUAAGGAUAGCAACGCGGCUGUCCACUACAACAUCAUCAGUGGGAACAGCCGGGGUCAGUUCUCCAUCGACAGUGUGACGGGGGAGAUCCAGGUAGUUGCCCCUCUGGACUUCGAGGCAGAGAGGGAAUACACUCUGAGGGUUCGAGCCCAGGACAACGGCCGGCCACCCCUCUCCAAUAACACAGGUAUCAUCAGCGUGCAGGUGACCGACGUCAAUGACAACCCUCCCAUCUUCGUGUCCACGCCGUUCCAGGCGUCAGUGCUGGAGAGCGCCCCCGUGGGCAGCUCCAUCCUCCACAUCCAGGCCAUUGACACCGACUCUGGGGACAACGCCCGUCUGGAGUACAGGCUGACUGGCACCAGCCCUGACACGCCCUUCGUCAUUAACUCCGCCACCGGCUGGGUGACGGUCAGUUCGGCUCUCGACCGGGAGUCUGUGGAACACUUCUUCUUUGGGGUGGAGGCCAGAGACUAUGGCAUCCCACUUCUCUCUGCCACAGCCAGCGUGACCAUAACAGUGAUGGACGUCAACGACAACAGGCCAGAGUUCCUGCAGAAAGAGUACUUUGUGAGGCUCAACGAGGAUGCAGCUGUGGGCACCAGUGUGGUCAUUGUGACCGCGGUCGACCGUGAUGUCAACAGUGCGGUCACCUAUCAGAUCACGGGGGGCAACACGCGUAACCGCUUUGCUAUAAGCACAGCCGGAGGGUCGGGGAUGCUCUCUCUAGCACUGCCGCUCGACUACAAACAGGAGCGCCGAUACGUUCUGACUGUGACGGCUUCCGACCGCACGCUACAUGACACGUGCCAGGUCCACGUCAACAUCACGGACGCCAACACACACCGGCCUGUAUUCCAGAGCGCUCACUACUCAGUGACUGUGAACGAGGACCGCCCCCCGGGCAGCACGGUCGUGGUCAUCAGCGCCACGGAUGAUGACGUUGGCGAAAACUCUCGCAUCACCUACUUCCUGGAAGACAACAUCCCCCAGUUCCGCAUUGACCCGUCCAGUGGAGCCAUCACCCUGCAAGCCGAGCUGGAUUACGAGGACCAGAUGACCUACACUCUGGCCAUCACUGCACGGGACAACGGCAUCCCACAGAAGUCUGACACCACCUACGUAGAGGUGAAUGUGAACGAUGUGAACGACAACGCACCACAGUUCCUCAGCCCCAGGUACCAGGGCACCGUCAGUGAAGACGCCCCACCCUUCACUAGCGUCCUACAGAUAUCCGCAAUGGACCGAGAUGCCCAUGCCAACGGCCGCGUCCAGUACACCUUCCAGAAUGGGGAGGACGGUGACGGAGACUUCACCAUCGAGCCCACAUCGGGCAUCGUACGCACGGUCCGCCGUCUGGACCGCGAGAGUGUUCCAUUCUAUGAGCUGACGGCGUACGCCGUGGACCGUGGUGUGCCUCCCCAGCGGACGCCCGUUCACAUCCAGGUGACGGUUCUCGACGUCAACGACAACGCUCCUGUCUUCCCGGCAGACGACUUUGAGGUUCUGGUGAAGGAGAACAGCGCUGUGGGGUCGGUGGUGGCCCAGAUCACAGCCACAGACCCAGACGAGGGGACCAAUGCCCAGAUCAUGUAUCAAAUCGUAGAAGGUAACAUCCCUGAGAUCUUCCAGAUGGACAUCUUCUCCGGGGAGCUCACCUCCCUCAUCGACCUGGACUACGAGGCCCGCUCUGAGUACGUGAUCGUGGUCCAGGCCACCUCAGCCCCCCUGGUGAGCCGGGCCACAGUGCGCAUCCGGCUGGUGGACCAGAACGACAACCGGCCCCAGCUCCAGGACUUCCAGAUCGUCUUCAACAACUUUGUGUCCAACCGCUCCAACAGUUUCCCCAGCGACGUGAUUGGCCGGGUGCCGGCCCACGACCCCGAUGUGUCAGACCACCUGUACUACUCCAUUGCCCGGGGAAACGACCUACACCUGCUGCUGCUCAACCACAGCAGUGGGGAGAUCCGGCUGAGCCGCAAGCUGGACAACAACAGAGCCUUGGUGGCCCCCAUGCUCAUCACUGUCACAGACGGUAUCCACAGCAUCUCGGCCCAGUGCAUCCUCCGAGUACUCAUCAUCACAGAGGACAUGUUGAGCAGCAGCGUGACGGUGCGCCUUCAAAACAUGUCCCAGGACCACUUCCUGUCCCCUCUGCUUGGUCACUUCCUGGAAGGGGUGUCGGCGGUGCUGUCCGUCCCUCCGGAGGACGUGUUUGUUUUCAACAUCCAGCCGGACGGCGAGGCAGGGGGCAUCCUGAAUGUUAGUUUCACCGCGGCGCUGCCAGGGGGUCAUUUCUUCCCGUCCGAAGCCCUGGAAGAGCAACUCUACCUCAACCGGCCCCGCCUCACCUCCCUGGCACAGAUGGAGGUGCUUCCGUUCGAUGACAACGUGUGUCUGCGGGAGCCGUGUCAGAACUACAUGAAGUGCGUCUCGGUGCUUCGCUUCAACAGCUCUGCUCCCUUCAUCUCCUCUCCCUCCGUCCUGUUCCGGCCCAUCCACCCCAUCGCCGGGCUGCGCUGCCGCUGCCCCGCAGGCUUCACUGGGGACUACUGCGAGACGGAGAUCAACCUGUGUUACUCCAACCCUUGUUUCAACGGAGGGGUGUGUGCUCGCAGGGAGGGAGGCUACACCUGCAUCUGCAGAGAAGACUACACAGGCGAGCGGUGUGAGUGGGACAGGCGUCAGGGUCGCUGUGUCCCGGGGGUGUGUCGGAAUGGGGGGACGUGCAGGGAGCUGUCUGGAGGGGGGUUCCGCUGUGAGUGCCCCGCAGGAGGGUGCGAGCGGCCCUACUGCGCUGUCCCUGCACGCUCCUUCCCCCCCAAGUCCUUUAUCAUGUUCCGAGGCCUCCGCCAGAGAUUCCACCUCUCCAUCUCUCUCACCUUUGCCACUCUGGAGAACAGUGGCCUCCUCUUCUAUAACGGACGCUUCAACGAGAAACACGACUUCCUGGCUCUGGAGAUCUUGGAGGGCCAGGUGGUGCUCAAGUACUCCACAGGUGAAUCGUCCACUCAGGUGAGCCCCUUCCUACCUGGGGGCGUAGCCGAUGGCAACUGGCACACCGUCCACAUCCACUACUACAACAAGCCCAAGCGCAGUGUGAGCGGGGAGGCCCAGGGUCCGUCUGAUGAGAAGGUGGCGGUGGUCAGUGUGGAUGACUGUGACACGGCCGUGUCGCUGCGCUUCGGAACACAGCUUGGCAACUAUAGUUGUGCUGCUCAGGGCAAGCAGACCAGCUCCAAGAAAUCUCUGGAUCUCACCGGUCCCUUGUUUUUGGGCGGAGUGCCCAACACGCCAGAUAAUUUUCCGUUCCACACCCGAGAGUUUAUCGGCUGUAUGAAAGACCUCCACAUCGACAACAGUCUUCUGGACCUGGCUGGAUACAUCGCUAACAACGGAACUCUCCCUGGCUGCAGUGCCAAGUCGCCCUUCUGUAAAUCCAACCCGUGUCAGAAUGGAGGAACGUGCCGAGUGAGUUGGGAGACCUUCUCAUGUGACUGCCCCCUAGGUUUUGGAGGGAAGGACUGCAGCCAUGUGAUGCCCCACCCACAUCGUUUCCUGGGAAACAGUGCCCUCUGGUGGGACCUGAAGAAUGACGUGACCAUCUCCACUCCCUGGUACCUGGGGCUGGUGUUCAGGACGCGGGCCAGGGAUGGCACCCUGCUGCAGGCACAGGCCGGACAGUACACCAGCCUGGUCUUCCAGCUGGUGAGCGGUCAGCUGGUGUUCUCAGUGACCAAGGGGUCGACGCGGCCGGUGCGCCUGCGUCUGGACCAGGUGCAGGUGAGCGACGGACGCUGGCAUGACCUGCAGCUGGAGCUCCGAGACGUCCGCAGCGGGAGGGAGACGCGCUACGUGGCUACUGUCCGCCUCGACUUCGGCCUCUUCCAGGGCACAGUGAUAGUGGGGAAUGAGAUCCAUGGGCUGAAGGUGAAACACCUUCAUGUGGGCGGAGUCCUGGGCUCGGGGGAGGUGCAGAAUGGGAUACGGGGCUGCGUCCAGGGGGUUCGUUUGGGGGUGCGACCGGACGCCCCCCUCCUGCCCCACCCGUCCAAGGCUGUCAAAGUGGAGACGGGCUGUAGCGUUGGCAACCCCUGUGUCUCCUCCCCCUGCCCGCCCUACAGCCGCUGUAGUGAUGAUUGGGAACGCCACACCUGUCUCUGCGAACCAGGUUUCUAUGGUAAGGGCUGCAAAGAUGCGUGCCAGCUGAACCCAUGUGAGAACAAUGCCCAGUGUCACAGGAAGCCCAGCUCAUCCCACGGAUACAUCUGCGACUGUGGAGACGACCACUACGGACAGUAUUGUCAGCACAGGAUUGACCACCAAUGUCCACGUGGUUGGUGGGGCUCUCCAACAUGUGGGCCCUGCCACUGUGACGCCAGUAAAGGAUUGGACCCCGACUGCAACAAGACCAGCGGCCAAUGCCACUGCAAGGAGUUCCACUACCGCCCGCGGGGCAGUGACUCCUGCCUGCCGUGUGACUGCUUCCCUGUGGGCUCCUUCUCCCGGUCAUGUGACCCAGAGAGUGGCCAGUGCCCGUGUCGGGCUGGCGUGAUUGGUCGACAGUGCAACAUGUGCGACAACCCCUUUGCCGAGGUCACACAGACGGGCUGCGACGUCAUUUAUGACGGCUGUCCUAAGACCAUCACCCUGGGGAUCUGGUGGCCCAGGACUAAGUUCAACCUGCCAGCAGCCGUACCUUGUCCUAAAGGAUCUGUGGGUGCUGCUAUCAGACACUGUGACGUGGAGAGGGGCUGGCUGGAGCCGGAUCUCUACAACUGUACCUCUCCUCCCUUUGUGGAGCUCAAUGCAGCGCUGGAGUCGGUGGAGCGGAACGAGACAGAGCUCAGCACCAUUAUCGAGAAGAAACUGGCCCACCAGCUCCGUGAUGUCACUGAAGCCACACCCCGUCUCUAUGGCAAUGACCUUCAGAUUGCAGAGCGGCUACUGUCCCGCCUGUUGACAUUUGAGAGUCUGCAGACAGGCUUCGGCCUGACCGCCACCCAGGACGCACACUUCAACGAGAAUGUUCUGCGGGGCUGCAGUGCGGUGCUGGGUCCAGACAGUGCAGGGUUGUGGCGGGCCCAGAGCCAGGUCCAGGGAGGGGCAGGGGGGCUGGCUGACCUGCUGGAGCAGUAUGCCCAGACGCUGGCCCAGAACAUGAAGCUCACCUACCUGAACCCAGUGGCCCUGGUCGCCCCCAACAUCGUGAUGAACCUUGACCGUGUGGAGAACCACACCCACGUGCGUCGACGUUUCCCUCGCUACCAAAGCCCUCUGUUCCGCGGCCAGGCUCUCUGGGACCCCCACACACACGUGGUGCUGCCCCCUGCUGCCCUGGUGCCACAACGACACCAGUUUUCCGCUUCACAGAACACAGUUCCUGCCCCCGUCAGUAUGUUGGCCAAUCAGACAGGGGAAUAUGCUGCGGCCAGCCGUUCUGUUUCGCUGCCGGAGCCGCCCGUCACCAUCGUCAUCAUGCUGAUCUAUCGUAGCCUUGGACCGGCACUCCCCCCCAAGUACCACACUGACAGACGAGGAGUCAGACUCCCCAGACAUCCGGUGAUGAACUCUCCAGUGGUCAGUGUGUCUGUCUACAACAACCAGACGUUUGUCGGGGGUCCCCUGGACUCGCCCCUGCAGCUGGAGUUCCGUCUGCUGGAGACCACCAAUCGUAGCAAGCCCCUGUGUGUCCAGUGGAACCACAGCAGCCCCCUUUUCUCUACCCCCUCUAUCCGCCCUUCUUUCUCUCUCUCUCUCUCUCUCUCUCUCUCUCUCUCUCUCUCUCUCUCUCUCUCUCCCUAUCUCUCUCUCUCAAUUCAAUUCAAUUCAAUUCAAUUCAAGGGGCUUUAUUGGCAUGGGCUGCUCACCGUCCUGGUGCUGUCCUGCCUCAGGGGCCUCAAGUCCAAUACCCGCUCCAUCCACUCCAACAUGGCCGCCGCCAUGCUGCUCUCUGAGCUCGUCUUCCUGUUCGGCAUCAACCAGACUGAGCAGCAGUUCCUGUGUACUGUGGUGGCUAUCCUGCUGCACUAUUUCUUCAUGGCCACGUUUGCCUGGCUGUUUGUGGAAGGGCUCCACGUCUACCGCGUGCAGACAGAGGCUCGCAACAUCAACUACGGAGCCAUGAGGUUCUACUAUGCCAUCGGGUGGGGUGUGCCUGCCAUCAUCACAGGUUUGGCGGUAGGGCUGGACCCUGAGGGCUAUGGGAACCCAGACUUUUGCUGGAUCUCCAUCUACGACAAACUCAUCUGGAGCUUCGCUGGACCCAUCGCCAUCGUACUCCUGAUAAACGGUGGGAUGUUUCUGAUUGUGGCGCGCAUGUCCUGCAACCCCUCCCAGAAAGAGACCAAGAAACUACCUGUCAUUGUCACUAUACGCAGUGCCUCCCUCCUGCUGCUCCUGGCCACCUCUACCUGGUUCUUUGGGCUGAUGGCUGUCAACAACAGUAUUCUGGCAUUCCAUUAUGUCUUCGUUAUACUAUGCUUACUGCAGGGUCUUGCUGUGUUCCUGGUGUUCACGGUGCUGAACGCCGAGGUGCAGGAGGUCUGGAAUUUGUCGUGUCUGGGUAGGAAGAGCCCCAAUGAGGACACGCCCAGAGCCCCACAAAACCCUAACCCCUAUAACAAUGCGUCGUUGCUGGAGCAGAGCGGACUGCACCGCAUCACCCUGGGAGCCUCUACUAUCUCCUCCGUCAGCAGUGCUCGAGAGAACCUGCUGGCCCGCCAGACCUUGGAACACAAUCUGGGACAUACUGGAGCUACAGACCUGGACGUGGCUAUGUUCCAUAGAGACGGAGGUGAGGACUCGGACUCAGACUCGGAUCUCUCUUUAGAAGAGGAACGUAGUCUCUCCAUCCCCUCCUCCGAGAGUGAGGACAACGUUCGUCUCCGUGGACGCAUCCAGCGACGCUUCAAACGCACCAAUCACAGUGAGCGGCUUCUCACAGAGCCCGCCCACAACGGGACCAAAGAUCUGGAUGGCAAUGAUCUGCUCUCCUAUUGGCCAGCGCUGGAGGAGACUGAGGUCCACUCCCUGCAGAAGUGGGGCUCAGAGCGCCGCCUAGGGGCUGACUAUAGCAAGGACGCCACCAACAACAACCAGCCUGAGGCGGCACUGACCAGCGGGGACGAGAACGGCCUGACAGGACAGUCCAACCGCCACCGCAAGGGCAUCUUGAAGAACCGCAUUGACUGUCCCCCGGCCCUGCAGGGUCUCUCCGCCAUGGGCCAGGUCCCCAGCGAACUCUCCUGGUACCGCACCUCCACCCUGGGCCACAGGGGCGUCCCGGCAGCCUCCUACGGCCGCAUGUACUCUGGGACAGGCUCCCUGUCUGGUACGGGCUCCUUGUCCCAGCCCGCCUCCCGCUACUCCUCCAGGGAGCAUCUGGACUCUCUGGCCCGCCGCCAGCUCUCCAGAGACCCCCUCGGCCGCCAGGCUGGAGGAGGAUCCCAGAACCGUCUGGACCGCCAGGGCCCCCGGGACAACCUGGACUUGCUGCCCCGCCGCCGUGAGCCGGGCCUAGACAGAGCCUCCAGGGAGAACCUGAGCAGCUCCAGAGACAGGCUGGAUGUCCAGCAGCACAGCGCCCACGCCUCCCGGGAGGACUUGAGUGGGAAUGGGGGUGUGGAGCCCGGUCUGGGAGGGUCGCGCUCCCAGCUCAACACCCUGACGCGGCGCCAGGCCUCCUCCCGCGAACACCUGGGAGGAGCGCUGAUGAGCAGCCGCUCCCGUGAACAGCUGGAGGCCAACGGGGGCGGCGGGGUGACCCAGUCCCAGCCCUGCAGGGAGUGGCUUCGCACCCUGCCCCCCCGCCAGCACUCACACCCUGACCAGCCCCCGCCCUCCUCCCCUCCGGCCCCCAUCAGCGAGGAACCCCAGGAGCCCCCCCUACCCCGCCGCGGCCGGCUGGACUCUGCCCCCCUGUGUAGGUACCCCCUCCCUGCCCCCGGCGCCCCACCCAGCCGCCACCCGUCCAGCGAGCACCUGGACAUCCUGUCCUCCAUCUUGGCCUCCUUCAGUUCCUCCGUGCUCACCCCCCCAGCCCCCUCCUCUGCACAAGGACCCUCCCCCUCCCCGCCCCACUCCGCCACCUCCCACAGCAUCUCUGAGGUCUCCCCAGACUCUGAAGUCAACAGAAGUGAAGGACAGUCUUGAUGACACCCUCCAUAUCCCACAAUGCAUUAUGUUUUGUAUUGGGGAUACCAAGGACUGUGUGGGGGCCGGGGACAGGUCAAGGAGCACCCUGGACUGCUGAAGCACCCUGGGAUACUGGAGGAUCUAAGUGUUGAAGAAAGGCAGACAGUGAGAUGUGAGAUGAGUUUGGAGGUGCUUGGUUCGUUCUGUUGUUGACUAUUUUCUGUUACAACCAGCACCAAGUAUGGGGAGGAGGGCUAUACGAUGGAUGGCUGGCUACCUUAGCUACUAAUGUUUAAUGAACUUCGAUCCUCAGAUUUAGUCAUGAACACAAGGAUCGGAAUUGAACCGCUAAGAAAAAGAUGAACCUGUACAUAACAUUUUUAUAAAUUUUGUAUCUUUUUCAUCAGAGACGAAGAAAAAAAACACGGACGUUUUUGAAGAUUGCGCCCAUGUGCGGUUGUGAACGAAGUGUGAAUGGAAUCUGUCACUAGGGGCAAAAGCCCUUGAAUCAAAAUACCGUUAUCCUGAAACGUUUCCUCAAACACGUCAGCUAUAUGUAUAAAACUAGGGACAGGGGUCGGUUAGUGUUGAUUGGAUGAGACCUGAGACAUGAUAGGACGAGGAAGGUGUUGGGGGGCGGGUGAUUGUAAACAGGAAUGAAUUCUAUGGAAGCGGGAUCUGACAGAACAAAUGAUUGUGAACAAGAAAGAAUGCGAACAUACUUUGAUAUUUGAGAGGCUUGAUUAUCUCAUUCUUCAGUUGGUCAGGUUACUGUUUAGAUGGAAGUGCUCCUGUUAAUCCAAGGAAAGACCCACUGCAUUUGAAUGUCAGCCGUCUAUUCUGCAGCAUCAUACAUCUCUCUCUGUGCUACUAUAUAUCAGAAAACAAAACACCAGUACUGUUUCAUAUCUAAUAGUUUCUCUGCCUGAUAUUUGGUCCAUUUUAGUGUACAAAACCCUCUGUUGGGAAAAUGGUCACGUGUACCGGGUUACAGGGGUAUGAGAGGUAAAGAGAGAGAGAACACGUUUAUGUGACCACGAAAAGUCCUAAAGUGGUGUUACAUAUUGGCUCGGAGAUUAAAAGGCAGAUCAGAGGAGCGCGUCACCUGUGCACCAGUUGUUCCGGGACCAUAACAGGAGAACACAUUGCACAUGUAAUAACACGAUACUUAACAGGCGCGUGGAACAGCAAAAAAAGUGGGUCAAAAAGAAAUACGAGUGAAAAAGACGGAAGGAACCGAGGGACUAUUACUCAUUAGAGGAAGGACGAAAAGACAGGUUGUAGAAAGAAAACGACUCGUCUCUCACAACGGCGGUCUGCAAAUCUCUUUUCAACGACCUGCUUUAAUCUUUUUAUGUCUUUGGGUUGUGGUAAGUUAAUAUAAAUGUGACAGUAUUAUUGCCAAAAAUCUCCCCAGGGUCCCCGAUAUCCAUCCUUAGCUAUAUUCAACUGCUCCAGUUCUUUUGCCACUGGUCAGUUCUUUUCUAUAUGAUUUAUUAUUGCAGUACCUUUAACUUGUACAGACAUAAGAUUUAUAUUAUUUAUUACUUUGUCAUUUUGUGUGAGAGUAUGCAAGCGGUAUUUGUUCAAAUGUAGUUUUUUUACAUGUAAUGUUUCGUAUGAGCUGACUCCCACUGUGACAAAAUGCAUUGAGAGAAAAGGAAGUGUGAGAGAGAAGAGGGAAGUCAUUGAAAUGUAAUGAUGGAGGGAAGGAGGGAGGGAGAGAGGAACGGGGGACUGUCAGUUUGUGUGCUUAUUCUGGGGUAUGUGCUAUCCCGUCGGCAUGGGGGGAAUUUGAAACCGCUGCUCCUCGGUUACCAACAUAAAAAUAAGAAAUAUUCCUAACAA